UGGGAUUCUGUAAUCUCGCGAGAUUUUACGUUAGUUCAAUUUGAAAACAGGGCGGCGGGACCAAGAAAAGACAAAGAAGUGAAGGAACAAUGACUGCAGACAAUGAGAUGGACAUUAAGGAGACGUUUCAACGCGCUCAAAAAGGCCACAACAAGGCAAAACUAGUGGCAAGUCUCAAGAGUCGCUACAACAAGCUUGAAGACAAAACUCUAUUUCAUGAGGAGUUUGUGCAUUAUCUGAAGUAUGCCAUGAUCGUGUACAAGAGAGAGCCCUGUGUGGAAAAUGUCAUCGAGUUUGUUGCCAGGUUUGCAACAAGUUUUCAGUCUGCUCCCAAACCAGAAGAAGAGCACGAAGAGGAGACUGAGGAGGAUGAGGAAGACGCUGAGGAUGAUCACCCAUUCCUCAGUUUUAUUUUCAACUUUUUAUUGGAGUCCCAUAAAGCAAAUAGUCAUGCGGUGCGUUUCCGUGUUUGUCAAUUGAUCAACAAACUCCUGGGCAGCAUGGCGGAAAAUGCUCAAAUUGAUGAUGACUUGUUUGAUCGGAUUCAUCAAGCCAUGUUGAUCCGUGUCACUGACAAGUUUCCAAAUGUGAGGAUUCAAGCUGCACUGGCUAUGACCCGCCUACAGCAACCAAGAGAUCCAGACUGCCCAACUAUCAAUGCAUAUUUGCUGAUAAUAGAUAAUGAUUCUAAUGCUGAAGUGCGACGGGCUGUUCUCUCCUGUAUUGCAAUGUCUCCUUCUACACUCCCUAAAGUGCUCAAACGCACCAGAGACAUUAAAGAGAAUGUUCGGAAGUUGGCAUUUCAGGUACUUGCAGAUAAAGUUCACAUAAAAGCUCUCACAAUCGCACAGAGAGUGAGUCUGCUGCAGCAGGGUCUCCAUGACGCCUCAGAAGCGGUAAGAGAAGUGGUUUGCUCACGUCUGUUGCCAGCUUGGCUGCUUCGUUUGGAGGGUGAUGUCAUUCAGCUGCUUCACCGGCUUGAUGUGGAGAACUGUGCUCAGACAGCUCUGGACACUCUGAAAGCCAUAUUUGACGGCAUGACCCCUGAGGAUCUCCUGAAACACCAACUGCAGUUGAAUGACAGGAAGCUGAUGGAAGAAGAUUCAUUGAGCUGUGAGAAUAUGCUUUACUGGAGAGCCCUUUGUGAAUUCAUCAAGAGCAAGGGAGACGAAGGAGAAGAAAUGUUAGAGAAGGUUUUACCAGAUGCUGCCAUCUAUGCCCACUACCUUUCUGGGUACCUAAAGGCUGUGCCUGUUUUGUCAGAAGAACAAAGAGCUGACUUUAACCAGUUGGAGCUUGUCAUGACUAAAGAGUUCAUCUCACAACAACUCAUCCAUCUCAUUGGCUGCCUGGACACAAACGAAGAGGGAAGCAGGAAGCAAGUGCUGGCAGUUCUACAGGAGAUGCUAUCUUUACCCCAUACUCCUUUCUCUCUCGUCUCACUGCUCACUGAAAAGCUUCUUACCCUCAUCCCAGAUGACCAAAGAAGGAUUCAGUGUGUGGCAGAAAUCAUCUCUGAUGUGAGAGAGCCGAUUAUAGAGGCCAGCCAUGUUAUAGAUGAAAAUCUCAGCCGCCGACAGCAAGUACAGCUAGCAGAGGUGAAAGUUCAAAUUAUGGAAGUAAAACAGGCUCUGGAGGACUGUAUCUCCGCUCAAGAGUUUAAUCGAGCUGCUGAGCUCAAGGACUCCAUUACAGAGCUAGAAAAUCGCCGGAAUCAAAUUCUUCAGGAAAUUGCUGAGAGUAACCAGCCAGCUGACAAGGAGACUCGUGCUGAAAAGAAUGAUCCAGAGACUCUUCUAAGGUGCCUCGCAAUGUUUGCUGAGCUACUUAAGCAGAUGAACAUCAAAUCUCGUAUUGGACCAACUAUAAGCGCACUUAUGUCCUCAUUGGUCUUGCCUUCUAUUGCAAAUGCCCACCCCGCCGUCCGCAACAUGGCUGUGGUGUGUCUGGGAACAUGUGCUCUACACAGCAUGGAGCUUGCCAAAACCCACAUGGUUCUGCUGCUACAAAUUGCUCAGUUGGACGAGGUGAGGAUUCGCAUCAGUGCUGUGCAGGCUAUUAUCGACCUGUUGCUGAUGUUCGGCUUCCAGCUGCUCUCUGACACAACGAUCCUUCACACCACCCCAGCCUCGCAGUCCCCAGAGAGGCAGGAGGACGACGCCCCCUCUGACGACAAGAUGGAAACGCAGGAGGACAGUGCUCAGAGUACACUGGUCAUGCUUUCAGAGUUUCUGGACAGUGAGAUAGCAGACCUCCGCACAGAAGCAGCUGAGGGCAUUGCCAAACUGCUCUACACUGGCAGAAUUGCUAGUGCCAAAAUGUUCUCACGUCUUGUUCUGUUGUGGUACAACCCUGUCACUGAGGAUGACACUCGUCUGCGGCACUGCCUUGGCGUCUUCUUCCAGCUCUACGCCCGUGAAAGCAGGGCUCACCAGGAAGUUAUUGAGAAUAGUUUUCUGCCAACUGUGCGGACUCUGUUGAAUGCUCCAGUGACCUCUCCGCUCGCUGAGGUGGACAUUAACAACGUGGUGGAAUUACUUGUUGAACUGACCCGCCACAGUGCACUUAUCAAACCCUCGACCAACACAGAAGAAGCGUGUGUCCAUGACUACCUGGCGGCGCACAUGUGUGGAGAGAUGUUGAAAGAUCCCUCAGCCCCAGAGGUUCGGUUGUAUGCAAAGACUUUGUGCAACCUCGAACUAAGUCAAGAUGAGACUGUGAAGAAGGAUUUGCAUACACUGCUGCAGGAGCUUGUACAGGCUGUCAAGGAUCGUGUGUGUCUGCGUGCGCUUGAGAAAAUGAUGGCUCAGCUUGUGGAUUCUAAGGAACAAGCAGAGAUGCUGAGUGCCAGUGCUUUACAACCACUGGACGUAAAUGAUGAAGCAUCUGAAAACCCAACUAAAUCUGUCAAGAGAGGAAAAAGAGCUAAUCCAGGUCAAAAGAAAGCCGGCGCAACCAAAGGGGGUAGAAAGCCCAGCAGGAGAGCGGACUCAUCAGAGGAAAGUGAUGGAGAAAAUGUUCCUGAGUCUGUCCCAUCGGUGCGUCCAUCAAGAAGAGCAAAAGCAGCUGCUCUUGAGAAGACAAAGCUGGAUUUAAAUCCUCUGAUCAAUCAAGAGGUGUCGUAAAGGUCAAUCAGUAAAACAUGUAUUCAUGAAAUGUCAUGCAUUUCUUUCUUUCUAUAUUAGCAGUGUAUACCUUUUUCAUUUAUCUGUACUAAUUUUAAAGAAAACGUAUAAUAAAAUAUUUUCUAAAAUGUUUGUC